AAAAAAAGCCCAAACUUACCAAUGUUUAAGAUAUCUUUAGCUAAAUAUCACUGAGUUCAGGUACUAUUUGUACAGAUAUAGUGAGGUUUCUCAUCUCCUCUAUUACAUGUUUGGUUAAAUGAACUGCAAAGGAGUUGAGUAAAAGAUACCCUCGUGCUUCAGAUAUUAUACUCUGCACCAACAGAAACACCUGUUUCGAAGCUACUUCCAUGUAUUUCCUGGAGUCUCCACUCGACCAAGGUAGUUUCUUAUACGGUUUCUUGUAUACGCAUUAGGAACUCCUGAAACCUCAGGCUUAAAACGUCACAAGACUUCGUCACAACGUGGUCAUUAAUGGGAAUUUAUGUGACUUUUCUUUUUAGAGCUUUAGUACAAACACAGCUGUGUUUCAGUCACAUGUAACACCAGAACUCCUGGUAUCCUCUGAUUCCAGUAAAUAUGUAUGUACUUUGUACUACUUGUUCUGCUCCGUGGGUACUCUGGCCUUAACUUAACUACCAUGAUCUAUUGCAGUGCAACUUUCACCUUCCAUUAGCAGGUUUGGCAGAACUUCAACACUUGGUAACAUGAAUGGAAACUACGGAGAAUUAGAUUUAGAAUAUAAAAGGGGGUUUUCUUUGAGGCCUAGUUGUGGUCUUAAUUGAUCUUAAUUGGGGGCUCAGACUUUUGUGUGUGUGAAAUAGGACCCCAGCACCUGCUCUGUAUGAAUAUGCAUCACAGCAGUCAUUCUUUUCUUCCUCCUUGGAGCUUUUUUUUGUGGCCAUGCCUCCUGCUCUGUGUGAGUGUGUUUGUGGACCAACCUUUUAGCUGCCUCCAUCUACAGCCUGACAAAGGGCUUUGAGGGGAGCCCAGACUGAGCUACACGCACCAUUGUGCAGUUAACAAUGUUGUUUAGCCCUGGUGAACGCUGCUGAUCUUGUGCCGCGCAGCUGAUGUCUAUGUCAGGCAGCAGGCCGAUGAAAGACCAUUCCACAUCUGUUCAUAUAGCAUGACAUGAAUAGCUAAAUAUUUUGAACGGCAGGAACUUUUUCUUUUCCUUGUGUUGUUGCCCCUGAACAUUAAAUGUUGGGCUUUUUGGUUUAAGGAAACUGAAAACAGCUUGACAUUUUCUAUCCAACUCUGAUGCAUCUCUGUGUUCUGCUGCGGCUGUUUGAACGGGUCCAGUUUGACUGUGUGACCACAGAUAUGUGAACCAUAGACAAAUGGAGGCAUGCCUGUGUUUUUUAGCCUGACAGCGGUCUCAUUUUUGUCUCUGCUGGAAUAGGGCUGAGUCACAACACAUUCAGGGGUUUGAUUCUAUUUGCAGAGAAAGUUUUGACUAUCUGCCUUUGAUUAUUUAAUCCAGUUGACUUUUUUGUUCCAAUAGCUGUGUUAUGAGUUGUCUUUCCUCAUAGAAACAUUAAACCAUGAAGGCGUCUCUGUUUCCUCAUGCGUCCCUUCUCUCUUUACUAUUACACACAAGAGUUUGUUUUCACGUACUGACCCCUUCUUCUUUCUCCCUCUCCCUCACUCACUCACACUUACUCAUUAACACACACAUGUAAACACUCACACUCACACCCUGUCUGUCUUUCUGUCUCCCCAGUAGCUGGCCGCCUUCCUGGCCCUCCUCUUGGGGUCAUUGUGGUAUUUAGGGUCAGACAAGAGCUCUAGUCAUUGCGCCCUCCCCAGUGCCUCCCAGGCAGCACGGAAGUCAUUAUGCGCCGGCUUGGCCUGACCAAUCGCUUCCAACUACUACGGAAAACUGCCUUGCCGGUUACAAGCCCUGCAUCCUUCUGCAAGCCAACGGAAAAGCAGGAUGUAGGAAAAAUCACAGUGUGGAAUACUGGAGUGUCUUUGCAGUGAAAGAGAGGGAGAAAGAGAGAGAGAGAGAACUUUUUAGGUUUCCUCCCCACUCGCCGGUUUUGCCUCUUGGCUCUCUGUUACCCAGGGUUACCCCAGCUGUGGACUGUGAUUUGCUGCUGCUACAAAGUUGGGAGGGAGUUUCCGAACGUCCUCCACUUUGUCUGGGUGGGUGAGUCAGAUGCAACGUGUGUGCUUCUAAUAGUCAACUAGCCUUCACAGAGAGAAUCCACUAUGAGAUCAGAGGGCAGGAGCUGGACCAUUUCAAAGAGCUGUUAGAUUAAAGCUGGUCCACAGAGAUGAGCCGCGUGACAGAAGAGCAAAGAGUCUAUUUUCGGAAAUGAGGUGGAGAGGAGCGCUGAUGGGAACUCCGAUCUGAGACGUGGCGUCAAACAGCUUAUUCCCAGACAGAGAUGGGUAAUUCAGAGAGCCAGUACAGCAUCCAGGGGCCCAAAGGCACCAGCUUUGUCUUCCUUGGGAAACAGAAGCCAUGUUCUUUAAAGUUCCGCUCAGCCAAAGAUGACACCAUGUCACCGCACACAUGGUGGAAAAGUGCUCCAAUAGGCUCAGGGUACAAGGCCAGGUGUGUCGGUCGUAGCUGUUUGUCCCCUCCUAAAAUCAAACAGCCUUACACCACCAGGCACUGUGACUACUUGUCCAAGGGAUUGAGAUGCAGCCCAGGUGAGCAUCGUUGGCAUCGCUCUGCUGGAUGUGGUUUACGAAGACGGCGUAUAUCUGAUGAUUACGAGGAUAAUCCGUAUGGGGCCGAGCCUAGUGUAAACCCACAGGAUAAACACAGUGAGGAACAGGAAACUUUGGAGGAACAAAGUAGUCCACGGGUGGUGAUCAAGAAGGAUGGCAGUCUCAGGGUGGAGUUCACAAACACCUCAGGAAACCCCCUCCUUCUGGAGGAGGCCAACGGUCCCGUACAACUCCUCAAGUUCUCGCCAAACCUGGAAUCUGCUUCUACUCCCAGUCUGCCUGGAUCCAGUGGGAGUGGGCCGGAUGGCCACUGCAGCGGCCCACCGCAGGCCUCCACCUCAUCCACAGCAAGAACCAGCAAAGGGAGCUCUUUGAGCUCCGAUGGUUCCUGGUAUGACUCUCCGUGGGGGCCCAGCACCGAGCUCUGUGAGCAAGACCAGCCUUGCUCUGCCAGCAGGACUUCAGUUCACUCCCCUAUUCACCAGCUUGACUCGUUCACCCAACAGUCUCCCCCGAUCAUAAACUUCUACAGGGACUCCUCAAUGGCCGCCACCUUUCCCAACGCCAGUGACCUCCAGUCCAAGUUACAGGACCCUCCGCCACGUCAGAGUUCACACCGAGCCUCAGUCGCAUCUGUCCUGGAUGUGCCCUUAGAGGAAGAGUCCACCAAAGUCCAGCAGUACUCAUCGUACACACUGCCCUGCCGCAGGCCCAAAGCCCACACCAUUAGUGACGACCUAGUCAACUACACUGACCAGGAGAAGCUCCAGGAGCAGGGUGUGUCUGAUUUAGGCACCCUCAAGAGGGAAUCUCUCAAAAAUCGCAUCAGGCGCUUGAGUGACUGGACAGGAAGUCUCAGCCGCAAGAAGAGAAAGUCACAGGAGUCCAGAUUCAAGGACUUGAGUGACGCUUUCGACAGUGGAGUUGAUGGUCUGACUGCGGACACCAGUUCACCCUCCCAGGUUUCCAGCCUUCACUGGUUCCCAGGAACGUCCAAGGCCCAGUCCUCAGGAGCCAUUACCCAGACCACCAGCGAUGCCCUCCGCCAGAACAUUUAUGAGAACUUCAUGAGGGAGUUGGACAUGGAUACCGGACAGGCAGGUGGGGGAGAGGGAGGAAGUGAUAGGAGAGACCCAUCGACUGGCACUGAGGAGGGGGAGAGCAGCAGUGAAUCGGCGGAGGGCUCUCUGGAGGAGCUGGACCAACUGUUUGAGAAGGAGCAGGGGGUUGUCAGACGAGCGGGCUGGCUGUCGUUCAAACCCCUCGCCACGCUGCACAAGGACAGGAAGCUGGAGCUGGUCACGCGUCGCAAGUGGAAACAGUUCUGGGUGACUUUAAAAGGAUGUACGUUGUUGUUCUACGAAACUUACAGUAGAGGCUCUCCGGAGCAGGAGCUGUCGCCACGCUACGCACUCUUGGCGGAGGACAGCAUUGUCCAGGCAGUUCCUGAACAUCCCAAAAGGGAAAAUGUCUUCUGCCUCAGCAACUCAUACGGAGAUGUUUACUUAUUUCAGGCCACCAAUCAGACCGACCUGGAGAACUGGGUCACAGCCAUCCACUCUGCCAGCGCUUCUCUGCUGGCUAAACGCCAGGGGAAGGAGGACACGGUGCGUCUGCUGCGGAGCCAGGUCCGAGGGCUGCUGCAGAAGAUCGACAUGGACGGAAAAAUGAAGAAGAUGGCCGAGCUGCAGCUGACGGUGGUCAGAGACCCGAAGAACCGCAGAGCAAUCGAGAACCAGAUCCAACAGUGGGAGCAGAAUCUGGAGAAGUUCAACAUGGAUCUCUUCAGGAUGCGCUGUUACCUGGCCAGUCUUCAGGGCGGAGAGUUACCCAACCCUAAAAGCCUUCUGGCCAUUGCCAGCCGUCCAACGAAAUCCACACUGGGGCGCCUGGGGAUCUUCUCUGUGUCCUCCUUCCAUGCACUGAUCUGUUCCAGAGACGAAGCCACACUCCGGAGGCGCUCGUUGUCCCUGACCUACAGGCAGCGCAAGAAAAGUCUGUUUACCUCACUGAAAGGCCUGGAUAACCUGACGAAGCGAGGGCGGGAGAAGAGACCCUCGGUAUCACAGAUCUUUGAAAAAGACACAGGAGAUCAAACGCACGCCCUGCCGCCCAGGAGCACCGAGAGGCUGGAUGUCCUCACCGGUAUUUACUCCCUGUUGCCCCCCGAGGGAAGUGCUUGGGACUGCACCAGUUGUGUCCACAUGCCCGAUGGCCUGACUGUCCAGGUUCCAGUUAGGAGAGACCAGACGGUGGCUGACCUCCUCUCUGCAGCCUGCAAGGUGAAACAGCUGGACCCCAGUCUGCACUGCCUCAGACUGCACAAGCAAGCAGGGCAGGACGUGGAGGUUAAAUACGUGGCGCCUGGGGAGUCUCUCAGUGACCUGGUUCACGAGCAGCUGGAAGUUUUCCCAGUGAAAGUAUUCACACUGCACAUGAGAAGACCGAGCUGCACCGAAGACUUUGGUUUUGCUGUAACCGGACACAUUGACAGCCAAAGGAACAGUCGCAUCUUUGUCAGUGAGGUUCUCCCCGAUGGACCCGCCUUCAGUGGAGGUUUGCGUCCAGGUGAUGAGAUCCUGAACCUGAAUGGACGGUGCGUGUCAGGUCUGGACCUGGCACUGAUCCAGUCAUUGUUCGCAGAACCAACACUGCAACUGAGCCUGAGGCGGGACGGUCCACGAGCCACGGGCCUGGCCUCCACCUCCCCAGCCCCUGCCACCAAACUCAGCCCUGAAGUCCGCGGCAAACACCAAAGAGCCAAGUCCUCCUCAGAUGUCUGUACGUCUGCUGAUGGUGUCGUGUCGUCGUGUGUAGGACUGGAGAAUGGUUACACCCACUGCACUCACAGGCCUGUUCAGCACAGCAAGAGCGUGGACACCGUGUGCACGCUGUACCAGUCCUUUCAGGAAGGGCGGGGCUCAGGCUCAGGCUCAGGGGGCCUGAUGGAGGACGCCGCAGGGCCUCGCGUUCGCCAGGAAGAGGGGCCGAGGUCCGGUCCCACCAGGGACGCCACCCUGCUGAGACCUUGCCCCAAGCACAUGAGCGCCACCGAGAGGUUACGAAAGGUCAUCCAGGAGCUGGUGGACACGGAGAAAUCCUAUGUGAAGGACCUGGAGUCUCUGUUCGACAUCUACUUGAAACCCCUGCACAAUGAAAGCUUCCUCUCGUUGGACGAGAUGGAGAGUCUGUUUGGCAGCCUGCCAGAGAUGCUGGACUUUCAGAGGGUCUUUUUACAAACACUGGAAGAGAGGAUCGCUUCCUCACCUGACUUCAGCACUUUGGAGGUGCCCUCACAGUUCAAGAAGCUGCUGUUUUCUCUCGGGGGUUCGUUCCUCUACUACGCCGACCACUUCAAACUCUACAGCGGCUUCUGUGCCAACCACAUUAAGGUCCAGAAGGUCCUGGAGAGAGCAAAGACAGACCAGGCUUUUAAGGAGUUCCUUGACGCCAAGAACCCCACCAAGCAGCACUCCUCCACCCUGGAGUCGUACCUGAUCAAACCGGUUCAGAGGGUCCUCAAAUACCCGCUGCUGCUCAGGGAGCUGGUGUCUCUCACUGACGCUGAGAGUGAAGAGCACUACCACCUCACUGAGGCUCUGAAGGCCAUGGAGAAGGUGGCCAGUCACAUCAAUGAGAUGCAGAAGAUCUACGAAGAUUACGGCUCCGUGUUUGACCUGCUGGUGACGGAGCAGACCGGACCAGAGAAGGAGGUCACAGAGAUCUCCAUGGGUGAAUUUCUCAUGCAUUCCUCCGUGGUCUGGCUCAAUCCACAUCCGUCACUGGGUCGCAUGAGAAAAGAACCAGAAAUGACUGUGUUUGUUUUUAAGAAAGCAGUGAUCCUGGUCUACAGGGAGAACAAGCUGAAGAAGAAAAUGGCCAACGCUCGUUCAACGCUGUCCCACGGAGACUCGGACACCUUCAAGUUCCGCUGGCUCGUCCCGCUCUCCGCGCUGCAGGUCAGGCUUCUCUCUCAGGAACCGCCCGCCGAGGAGGGCGCCUGCCUCUGGGAGCUGGUCCACUCCAGGUGUGAGGUGAAGGGGAGACCGGAGACCGUCUUCCAGCUGUACAGCAGCGUGCCGGAGAGCAAGGUCAGCAUCAUCAAGGUGAUCCGCUCGCUUCUCAGGGAGAACGUGAGGAGGUGCAUGAAGAGGGAGGGCACGCUGGAGAGAAAGGCUCGUCUGGCUCCGCUGCACAGCACUCUGCCCUCCUCUGCCAGGCUGGGUUCCUCCAGAGCUUCCUGGUUGUGUAAGCAGCCUCACGUAGACUUCUCCACCCAGACAGGAAGUCUGAAACCGGGGCCAGACUCUGACGAAGGAAGCCUGAGCAGCGGAACCUACAGUUUGUCUGGCGCCGUCCCCGCCCACUCCUCCCCCGGCUCCCGCCGCCUCCCUGUUCAGGAGAGCUGGACCGAGAGACCCGUGUCCGGCCCCCAGCCUCGCUCCCCCUCGGUCAAGGAGUCGGACAUUUUGAGCGACGAGGACGAUGACGGCUUCAUCGAGGGAGGGACGAAGAUGGACAGCGGAGACGGCAGCUCCCCCUCCAGCACCAUCGAGGCCCAGUUCCUCCAACUUAAACUUUCUGAUGACGCUGCUUUAGAGUGUGCACUGGCCCCCUGUGUCCAACCUGAGGGUGGCGGUGACACUCCCGAGCCACAGCACAAACAGAAACGAGGACGCCAAAGUGCUCUUAAGAAGAAGCCCGGUAGUACGAGGAGCCAGGCUGCACUGUCCAAGAUGAAGGAGCACAGCAGGUCACUGGACGAUCAGACUGACGCCGCCGCCGCCGCCCCCUGUGGCCCAGUGGACAUGAACGCGGUGCUGGGGAGAGAGUUCAGCAUUCAGAGUCUGACGUCGGUCGUCAACGAAGAAUGUUUCUAUGAACCGGUUCAGAGCUGCAGCACGGGCCCUGCUCAUCCCAGCCCCGUGUAGGCCGCGGGACAGACCGGACGCCACUUCACUCGACUACGGACCUGUGGUCUCUCUGACUCCCCUGGGUGUAGAACCAGAUGUUGAUCCUCACGCGACCGCCUGCCGAGAGGUGGAAAUGUUUCUUGAUCAAAUUUCUGUCACAGUGACGGUGAAAAAACACACACAGCCUCCUCCCAGUACACACAGUACUAGACAGUACACGGAGUACUGAGCAGUACACAAAGUACUGGACAGUACACACAUUACUGGACACAUCCCAGCAGCCAUUGUGACCAUUUGUUCAUCAUUUAGGCUUUAAUUAAUAAUUGAUAUUUAUUGUUUGCAUUUCUAGAGAAACAGUUAAAUAUAAAUCUAAUUAAAAUGGAAUUGCAGAUAUUCAGCCUGCUGAUACAUUUGUUACAGGUAAAUUAUGAAUAUUUUACUAUAAACUUUGUAAAAGAAAACAUAUUUUUAUCUCCAACUCCUACUGGGUACUGGACUUCCUCAGGAUUCUUCUUCAGUCACAUCUUAAGUACUACUGUAGUAUCAGUUUGUACUUUUAAAAAAAAACCAAAGAACUUUGAUCCAUCUGAGGAGACGCUGAGCCACAGACGUCAGUCAGGACGAGCAGUAAAGUUGAAGUAUGUGCACUGUUUUCUAAAUAUCUGAAAUAUUUUUAUUUGUACAGGUUGUUAUGUUGUCGAUGCAUUUUUUUUUUAAUUUAUUUGAUAUUUUUUGAUAAUGUAAAUCUUGGUAAAAGAAAAUCUUUGGGUGAAUUAGUUGAUCUAAAAUAUCACACAACCCUCAUGUUGUUUAAUCCUUUUUUUUUAGUGUAACAUUUGGACUCAUCUUUACACAGGGUUGUAAUAUGCAGUAUGCAGUAUAUAUUUGAAUGUACAAAAGUCAAAUCUUGUUUUUUUUUUAAUUAUCUGCAGAUAUUCCGGGGUCUCUACGUCUACGUUCUGUUUAUAAAGAUCUGUCUUUCGUUGACUGGUUCUGAACCACAUUGUUACAUUUUCCUUCUAAUGCUAGGAUACCAAUGAAUGUGAACGCUCCAUUCUUCUACGUUGAUGGAAAUUUCUAAUAAAAAGUUUUAUCUGUGAAA